AUGGCAAUGAAGCACAAUGACCUGAUUAAUAUUGCAACAGAUAUAAGACUUACUGAAAUACAUGGGCCAGGUGUUGACAAGGAACCUCUGAAUUUAUUCAAAAUUGACAACAAGACAGCAAAGAUCUGGGUCAUGCAGCCUGUGGACCGUGAGAAACACGAUCAUUUUAAGCUGAUAUUUCAGGCAUUUAAAAAAGUAAAGGGUGAUAUAAAUAAAGAAAUGGGAAUAAAUAUUGAUAUUACUGACACGAAUGACAACGAACCAAAAUUUAACAAUCACAUGUAUGAGGUCACCAUAGAAGAGACACCAUCACAAGGUACUGAGUUGAUCAAUGUUACAGCAACAGAUCAUGACAGUACCGAGGAGAACAGGAAAUUUCGUUUCAGUAUAGGGUCAGUGAGUCCGACUCCACAGAACUUUGAAUUCAUUAUAAAUGAGGAGCCUGAUUCUGGAAAUGGGACCAUUUCAUUCAAGGGGUGUCUGGACCACGAGACGGCACAGAAAUACACCCUUAUUGUGAAAGCUACAGACCAUGGACAACCGAAACCACUCUCCAGUUUUACAACAGUGAUAAUCAAUAUAGAGGACGGAAACAGACAUCUUCCAGUUUUCACAAAGCAAAAAGGCGAAGCAAGUGUAAAAGAAGGACUGCAAGGUGUUCUCAUUUCACGUCUACAAGUUACAGAUGAAGACACCAGAGGUACAAAGGCCUGGAAAGCAAAAUAUAAAAUCCAAGGAGAUACAAACAACAACUUCAGAAUUGAUACUGAUCCUGAGACAAACGAAGGUCUACUCUAUGUGCAAAAGACUCUCGACUAUGAGGAAGAUUCUUUGAAGAACAUCAUCAUCUCUUCAGAGAAUGAGAUUCCCUACUUUACUUGCAAAGUCAUAAACCGCAAUACUGCUGGUUUUUGGGAAAUUAAGACUGUCAAUGGUAGCACUUUCAGUAACGCACAAGGUGUAACUGGAACAAAAGAAAAGCGUUUGUCCACCUAUCACCUGACAGUGAACGUAGAGGAUGUCAAUGAACCCCCUGUCUUUGAUCCAUCAAACAAAACGGUUACCACGACGCCCGAUGGGCGUAAACGAAGUUCCCGGUUGAUGGGGCUGAAGAGUCAGCUGCGAGCUGAGAUACGCGGAGGUGAGCGUAGCGGUCUGAUUUCGGUUUUCUCCUGGAGGUGGACUGGUAGAGAAGAUGGGGCAACGGAUCGAGUCCAUGAUGGGACGAGGAGGAAGAGCCGACCUGACGAUGGUGAGCCGGAGCGGGGAACCAGGCGGAUGCCAGAGGACGCCUGCGUCAUCAAUGAGGGAAAGACAUCAAUGGAGGCCGAAUGCAGGCUUGAUGGGGUGGUUAGAUCGGUGAGGAAUGACUGGGAGUCGACAGGAGCGCAGCCGGCAGGUGAGGGACACUCCCUGUACCUGGUUCUGAAAGAGGGCGAAGAUGAUCGGAAGGUGCUUCUGCGAGCUGAAUUAGGGACUGAAGGACCGGCUUCAUUUGCUAAAGACCCUGAUGUUAAUGGUGCAAAUCAAAUCCGAUACAUGAUUGGAGAAGAUCCAGCUGGUUUUGUUACAGUGGACUCCAACUCAGGAAAAAUAACCACAUCAAAGAGUUUAGACCGAGAGUCACAGUUUGUUAAAGAUGGACUGUAUGUCAUCAAAAUAUAUGCCACUGACAAUGGUGAACCGUCCCAGACUGGCACAGCAACACUCAGCAUCAAUAUUAUCGAUGUAAACGACAAUGCUCCAUCCUUGGACAAAAGCAUUAUUGAUAUGUGCCAAAGAGAUAAAAUUUCGUCGGUCAGUGUCACAGCUUUAGAUCCAGAUACAGAACCAUACAGUGGGCCUUUCUCGUUCAAGCUUCUUGGAGAUGUUAAGGACAAGUGGAGGAUUGAUCCUGAAACAGGCUAUUCCUUCAAGCUUGUGAAUGAACACAAUGCUUCCCAAACAAUUAGGAUUUUCGGACAUUAUGAGUUGCAGCUACAAGUGUCAGAUCUCCAAGGAAAAACAGCUGUCCAUAGCUUGUCAGUUAGUGUGUGCAAAUGCUCCAAGACAACUAACCCAGACUGCAGACUCCAGAAAGAUACUGGAUCCAGACUCGGACCAGGAGCUCUGGGGAUUUUAUUUUUAAGCAUUAUACUGUUCAUAGGUAUGACUAAAUCUAAGUCAUCAAUGUCAACAGAAUCCUCAUGA